AUGAGCUACGGCAAGAAGGACGAAGACGCCGAACUGGGGCUGGUCAAGGUCGACAGGACCCAGGUUUUCCAGGAAGCACGACUGUUCAACAGCUCCCCCAUCCAGCCGCGACGAUGCCGCAUCCUCCUCACCAAGAUUGCCCUCCUCCUCUACACGGGGGAGAAGUUUCCCACGAACGAAGCCACGACCCUCUUCUUCGGCAUUUCGAAGCUCUUCCAGAACAAAGAUGCUAGCUUGCGCCAGAUGGUCCACCUCGUCAUCAAGGAGCUGGCGAACUCGGCCGAGGACAUCAUCAUGGUGACGAGCACCAUCAUGAAAGACACCGGAGGCAGCACCGAGGCUAUUUUCCGCCCCAACGCCAUCCGUGCUCUGUGCCGCAUCAUCGAUGCUACGACCGUCCAGUCCAUCGAGCGUGUCAUGAAGACGGCCAUUGUCGACAAGAACCCCUCCGUGGCCUCGGCCGCUCUCGUGUCCUCCUACCACCUCCUCCCGAUCGCCAAGGACGUCGUCCGCCGCUGGCAGAGCGAGACGCAAGAGGCCGCCGCCACGACCAAAUCGUCCGGCGGCUUCUCCCUCGGCUUCUCCUCCUCCAACAACCAGCUCCCCGUCAACAACUCGACCAUGCCGCAAUACCAUGCCAUCGGUCUUCUCUACCAGAUGCGCAUGCACGACCGCAUGGCCCUCGUCAAGAUGGUCCAGCAGUUUGGUGCCGCCGGCGCUGUCAAGAGCUCGGCCGCCAUUGUCCUCUUGGUCCGUCUUGCUGCCCAGCUGGCCGAGGAGGACGCUUCUCUGCGCAAGCCCAUGAUGCAGCUCCUCGACGGAUGGCUGCGCCACAAGAGUGAGAUGGUCAACUUCGAGGCCGCCAAGGCCAUCUGCGACAUGCGGGACGUGACGGAUGCCGAGGUCUCCCAGGCCGUUCAUGUCCUCCAGCUGUUCCUCACCUCGCCCCGCGCCGUCACCAAGUUCGCCGCCCUCCGCAUCCUCCACAACUUCGCCUCGUUCAAGCCCAACGCCGUCAAUGUGUGCAACCCCGACAUUGAGCUGCUCAUCUCCAACAGCAACCGCUCCAUCGCCACCUUUGCGAUCACGACCCUGCUCAAGACUGGAAACGAGGCCAGCGUGGAUCGCCUCAUGAAGCACAUCUCGAGCUUCAUGUCGGAGAUUACGGACGAGUUCAAGAUCACCAUUGUCGAGGCCAUUCGUACGCUCUGCCUCAAGUUCCCCAGCAAACAGGCCGGCAUGCUUGCCUUCCUCAGCGGCAUUCUCCGUGACGAGGGUGGCUACGAGUUCAAGCGCGCCGUCGUCGAGAGCAUGUUCGACCUCAUCAAGUUUGUGCCCGAAUCGAAGGAGGAUGCGCUGGCCCACCUCUGCGAAUUCAUCGAGGACUGCGAGUUCACCAAGCUGGCCGUCCGCAUCCUGCACCUGCUCGGUCUCGAAGGUCCCAAGACGUCCCAACCGACAAAGUACAUUCGCUACAUCUACAACCGUGUUGUCCUCGAGAACGCCAUUGUGCGCGCCGCCGCCGUCACGGCCCUCGCCAAGUUUGGCGUCGGACAGAAGGACCCCGAGGUCAAGCGCAGCGUCGACGUGCUGCUCACGCGGUGUCUGGACGACGUGGACGACGAAGUCAGAGAUCGUGCUGCUCUCAACCUCAGCCUCAUGCACGAGGACGACGAGCUCGCGACGCAGUUUGUCAAGAACGGUCGACCUUUGACGACCCCUUCGACAUCUCCAAGAUUCCCGUCGUCACCAGGGAGCAGGCCGACGCCGAGGACAGGACCAAGAAGCUCACAGCGACGGCCCCCUCGCUCAAGCCUCCCAAAGGUCGGCCCCACCAAGAGCGCGGCGUCGGGCGCCGAGGCGGCUGCGUCUGCCUCGGCGGCCGCGCAGCGCUACGCGCAGGAGCUCAUGGAGAUCCCCGAGAUGAAGGAGUUUGGCAGCGUGCUCAAGUCAUCGCCUGUCAUGGAGCUCACCGAGGCCGAGACCGAGUACGUCGUCACGGUGGUCAAGCACAUUUUCAAGGAGCACAUUGUCCUCCAGUACGAGGUCAAGAACACGCUGCCGGCGACAGUCCUCGAGAACGUGUCGGUCGUGGCGACGCCGGCCGAGGAGGAGGAGCUCGAGGAGGUGUUCAUCAUCCAGGCCGAGAGCCUCGCCACGGACGAGCCCGGCAAGGUGUACGUGGCCUUCCAGAAGGUCGGCGGCGAGGGCUCGCUGCCCGUCAGCAGCUUCUCCAACAUUCUCAAGUUCACGAGCAAGGAGAUUGACCCGACGACGAACGAGCCGGAGGAGACGGGCUACGAUGACGAGUACGAGGUGUCGGAAUUUGACCUCGCGGGCAGCGACUACGUCGUGCCUGCCUUUGCCGGCAACUUCAACCACAUCUGGGAGCAGGUCGGCGCGGCGGGCGAGGAGGCGGAGGAGACGCUGCAACUGAGCGGCAUGAAGAGCAUCGCGGAUGCGACGGAACAGCUGGCCAAGACGCUGUCUCUACAGCCACUGGACGGUACGGACGUGCCCGUCAACCAGACGACGCACACGCUGAAGCUGUUUGGCAAGACGAUUGCGGGCGGCAAGGUGGUGGCGAACGUGAGGAUGGCGUACUCGUCCAAGUCUGGUGUGACGACGAAGAUUACGGUACGCAGCGAGGAGGAGGGCGUGGCGGCGCUGGUGAUUGCCUCUGUCGCAUGA